AUGAACACCAUCGUCUUCAGCAAGCUCAGCGGCCAGGUGCUUUUCGAGGAGGACGCCAAGGAGCGGGAGCGGAGCGGCCGGUCGUACGUGGGGGUGGUGGAGGGCCCACACCACGCCGAGGUGCUGCUACCCGACAGCCCGUCCAUCAAGGAGAGCCUCAGCCUGCGCAACCGGCGGACGGGGGCGCGGCAGAGCGGCGGGAAGGURCGGCACAAGCGGCAGGCGCUGCAGGACAUGGCGCGGCCGCUCAAGCAGUGGCUCUACAAGCACCGCGACAACCCAUACCCCACCAAGACGGAGAAGAUUCUGCUGGCCCUCGGCUCCCAGAUGACCCUGGUGCAGGUAUCAAACUGGUUUGCCAAUGCAAGGCGCCGCCUGAAGAACACUGUCAGGCAACCAGAUCUGAGCUGGGCUUUACGAAUAAAACUGUACAACAAAUAUGUUCAGGGAAAUGCUGAGCGACUCAGCGUGAGCAGYGAUGACUCAUGCUCUGAAGAUGGAGAAAAUCCUCCAAGAAACCAUAUGAAUGAAGGGGGAUAUAACAAACCAGUUCAUCACACUGUGAUUAAAACUGAAAGUUCAGUAAUAAAAACAGGAGUGAGACCAGAAACAAGUGCCAAUGAGGAUUAUGUGUCACCCCCCAAAUACAAAAGCAGCUUACUGAAUCGUUACCUAAAUGACUCAUUGAGACAUGUCAUGGCUACUAACGCAGCUAUGAUGGAAAAAACAAGGCAAAGGAAUCAUUCCGGUUCAUUUAGUUCCAAUGAAUUUGAGGAGGAACUGGUGUCUCCAUCAUCAUCAGAGACAGAAGGCAAUUUUGUCUAUCGGACAGAAAAUCUGGAGAACGGACCAAAUAAGUGUGAAAGCACAGCUAACAGAAAGGGAUCCAGCAAAGAUGAAACGUACUGGAAGGAGAUCAACGCAGCUAUGGCCCUAACAAACCUUGCCCAGGGGAAGGAUAAACUGCAGGGAACUACCAGCUGCAUCAUUCAGAAAUCAUCACAUAUAUCAGAAGUAAAGACUGUUAAAGUGCCAUUAGUUCAGCAGUUUUAAGAGAUGGGUCCUCUUUCUUUUUCACAUCCAACAGGUGUUUUCCUCACUGGAUUGGUUUUCAGCAAAAUCUGAUUCGCAGAUAUGAGGAAAAUAUGGAAAGUAGAUCUCUUUUUACAGAAUGGUCAGUUAAAAAAUUAAGGUCCCUUCUGACUCAGAUGUUUCCAUUGUGUUAAAUGAAAUGUUCAAUUGCUUCUAUAAAAGGCAUGUAAAUUAUAAAAACCCUGUUUUUAUCAAAACAUUAACUUAUUUUAUGUUAAUCAAAGUGCGCAUAAGAUGUUUGCAUUGCUAUUACAGUAAGUGCCUUGCUUUGAAAAAAUAAGCUAUAACGUGGGCAUAGUACAACAGUGUUAUGCCUCAAAAUGACAAUGCCAUAAUGCUUAAACUUUGUAUAUUAUUCCAAGUGGGCUUAAGCAGCCGAGGGCUAAACACAUUACUGCUGAAGGCCCUGGAGAGUUGUGCUUAUUUGACUUGUACAAAUUGAUGAGUCUUAAUGAAAUUGUUACAUCAUUCUCACUCUUUUUUUUUAAUCAACAGUGUUAUGAAAAUUGUACAGUAUGUUUUGUCAAAGUGACGAUAAGGUUGUUAUGCAUGUUUCUUACCUGUAUAUGCAGUAUAUUAAAAUACCAAAACCAUUCCUUUGAAAAGUGCAAUACUCUAGAACACACAAAUUUAGGAAAUAAGUUAAUUGUUCAGAUUAUUUUGAACUUAUACAUACGCUCUCAGCUGUGUUGCUCAUUAAAGAUUUCUAGUUGAGAAGGUUUUAGCCAGACUAGCUGUAAAUUCAAGUUGAAUUUCUAUAAUUUUAAAGCUUUACUAGUGACUUACUAAAGUUUUGAUAGAAGUAACAUUUGUUUCUGCUUGUACAAAACUAAAACUAUAGUGCCAUUCAGAAAUGUUUCCAUGGUGGAACUUAUUACUUUAAUGUCGUUUAAACAUUUUUAUUUUGUAUGUACUGCAUAAAUGAGGACAGUUGAUUGACAUUUCACAUUWUAGCAAGAAAAACCUAUAAUAUAAACUAUCAAGGCCCAAACAAGAAUCAMAAAGGGAACUGAAACAUUGAAAAAUCUCAGAAUUUAAGG